AUGAUACUUCCCGAUAUCAGCGUCGAGGCUGUUGAAUGUCUAGUAGAUGAAACUUCUUGUAGCGUCGUAAACGUGCAAAGUGACAUGCAGGAUGUGGGUCAUAUUUUUGCAGCAAUAUUUAACCCUAAAUGGUAUUCAGAGAUGGAUGAUAACUUCAAUCGUUUACUUACUCAAACGUAUUUACUUAAAGGCGCAUUUGGCCCUAUAAUUGAUUAUCUUCCAAAACUGGCAAGAGAUUUAGGAAGUCUGAAGGAGUCAUUAUGUCUUUUGUCUAAGACUGAUUCGUCGUCGUUCUUCGUACUACCGAAGUCCAACAGAGCGUCAACUGAAACUGAAUUAAACACACUACUAAUCACUAGUAUGCUUGAAGACUCUUCUGUUAUCGGUCAACUAAUCCGUAAUUUUUAUUGUUCACAUGAAAACAGUGAUUUUGUUAAUUGUUUGAAGUCCGCUGUCAUUGAGGCGAGUAAGCCUACUCAGACAACGAAUUGUGACAUAAGUGACAUUUUAAUCAAAAAACAAUUGGAUCAUGUGCGCGCUUUUCUCAGCAUUAAUUCAAACCGUAAAUUGAAAGCUAGUAUACCUCAAAAAUGCACAAUACAAACACCUCAUUCAAGAGCCAGUUAUUUAAAGAGUCGUAUUAUGGAGUUGAAGUCCAGAAUAGAAGAUAAGAAAAUAUACCUUUCUGAUGGUAAAGUGGAUACACCAGAUCUCGAGAGUCUUUUGGCGGAUAAACGAAAAUCAAUAUUACGGUUGCAUGAAAAAUCUGAAAAUCUGUUGUCUAAUUUACCUUCAUUAUGUGAAGAGGUGAAGCAUAUGAAACACGAACUGUCGAAUCAGAUAAAUGAAACAAUCAAUAAAUGUCCAUCUGAUGAUUUAUUGAAAAGGAUACUUCAGAAAAUCAUCAAAAAUGGGGAAUGUUCUGGAAACAGAACCGUCGCCGAGAGAUUGUGUGCCAAUAGUUUAUAUACAGGUUGUUGUCGUUUGUUUGCUUUGGAUGAACAUGAUGUCACGACCCCGAAUAUAAUAUUGAAAUCUAUUCGAAGUCUGGUUCAAGAAUCUUCUUUAGCCCGAGAAGAAUCCGAGUUCCUAGACAAUUUGUUGAUGACUCUUGAAGGAAAUCGGAUUAAUUACAAUAAAGUUCGAGAGGAAGACAAGAAAUCUCAAGCAAAGCUUUUAGAGAAUUUUGAUUCCAAUGGGAAAACACUUGAAGCUAUUAAUAAAACAAAAGAUAUUAUUUACUUCUUUGAAGAAUAUCUACUUCGGAGAAGUGAAUAA